ACCGCUGGUGAACUGUGCGAUUGUUGUUUUGUAAUCGUAUCUUAAAUGUGUUGUCGCACUGUUAAUUGCUAAACUGCUCUAAUUUACGUGUAAUUAGUUAGUCCAGUGAGGUGAAAUUAAAUCGCUAACAUGGCCGGGCAAGGCCACCAAUUCCCUGGUAAUUUCCAAGGUAAUGCCGGCGCUAUGCGAACUGGAUUUGGAGGUGGCCCCAUGGGCGGGCAAAUGCCGGGGAUGCCUAACCAGCUUGGAGGUGUGAUGGGUGGUCCUAUGGCGAAUUCAGCAGGUAUGGUUGGCAUGGGGAACCAGAUGGUUCCGCCAUACGGUGCAGCCAUGCAGAACCAGAUGGGGAAUAUGGGCAUGGGGCCUCAGGGUAUGGGAGUAGGAGUAGGUGGUGCCCCUGGUGGUGGUAUGGGGCCACAAGCAGUUCAACAGCCAGGAGGCAUGCAAGCUGCAGGCGCCGUGGUGGCGGCCGCGGCCGCGCCGCCCGCACCGCCCGCGCCCGCGCCGCCCCCUCAAAACAAAGAGUUCAACACGGCUUCUUUGUGCAAAUUUGGCCAAGAGACAGUUCAAGAUAUUGUAAGCAGAACACAAGAUGUCUUCCAAACCUUGAAAGCCAUUCAACCACCCAAUGGGACUCAGCACGGUGAAAAUGCUAGCAAUGAUAAGAAAGCCAAGAUGCAGGAACAGCUACGUACUAUCAGGCUUCUAUUCAAGCGGUUACGACUUAUUUACGAGAAGUGUAAUGAGACUUGCCAGGGAAUGGAGUAUACUCACAUGGAGAGUCUGAUACCAUUGAAAGAUGAGGCUGAAAACAAAACUCUGGAUGAGAGGCGGAACACUGAAUCCUACAGGCUCGCGCUGGAAGAAAACAGAGAGCUGACUGAGCAGGUGGUGCUGAAGAAUAAACAGUUAAAAGAAGUGAUAACUAAUCUACGGACAAUAAUAUGGGAGAUCAAUGUAAUGUUGACUAUGCGAAGAUCGUAAAUUAGUGAUAGUGUUAUAUUUAGUGACAUUUAUUGAUAAAAGAAGUCAUCUGGCAAUUUUCGUUGCCUUUUUCUAAAAUGGCGGCUCUGCAUGUCAAUAUCAGUGGGUUAAUAACAUUGUUAUAUUAUUUAUUUUCCCUAUAAAUCUGUAAUCUUUGUCGUCGUUAAUUAAAAAUCUUGUGUUCCAUUCAUCAUCCACGUUCUGUUGAUAACGUGAAUAGGUAUUAUUUGUAAAUAAACUUUAAUAUUAAGAGUA